GCUGGAGGUUUUGGAGGUGGGUCACCAUCCGGAUCAUACGGUGCUCCAGGAGGUGGUUCCCCAUCUGGAUCAUAUGGAGCUCCAGGGGGAGGUUCCCCAUCUGGAUCAUACGGAGCACCAGGAGGUGCUGGCACAGGAGGGUUUGGAGGUGGUGCACCAGGAGUUAGUUCCCCAUCUGGAUCAUAUGGAGCACCUGCAGGUGGUUCCCCAUCUGGAUCAUACGGAGCACCAGGAGGCGGUAGCACAGGAAGUCUUGGAGGACAGCCGUCCGGAUCUUACGGAGCUCCAAGCGGUGGAUUUGGAGGUGGAGCUCCAUCAAGCUCGUACGGUGCACCUGGUGGUGGAGCUGGAGGACAGCCUUCGGGUAGCUACGGAGCACCCGGCGCUGGAGGUGCUACUGGCGGAUCUCCUUCUGGCUCCUAUGGAGCUCCAGGGUCAGGAAGUUCUGGAGGCUACAGCGGGUCUUCGCCUGCUGGUGGGGCUGGUGGCUACAGCAGUGGCGGUCCUUCUUCCUCGUACGGCGCGCCAGGAGCCGGAGGUGGUCAGCAGCAAAACCCCGACGGAAGCUACAUCUAUUAGACGAGAAAAGAUUAAACCGGAACACUUCGAAUAUCUAGCUUUCACUGCCAAUCGGAUAGUUGUA